AAAGUUGUGUUGCAUUGGUUUAUACUGUUUUUAAGCAUUGUUGAUUACCGGGAGACUUAAAAUCGGUGAAUUUACAGUGAGUUUCAUUGAAUUUUCGCGAGUAUUUAGUUCAUGUGCCCCAUACAGCUAAAUGCAAUAAUUAUAAUUGUGAAAAGUGGGUGUUAGAUGUAUUUAUUUAUUAAUAUAUGCAGUAAAGAACAUUUUGCAUGCGGCGAAAAUGCAACUGCUAAGUGAAAUUGUAGAAACAAUCGUGGACUCAAAGGUGCAUCUGUUGCAAAUACCAGGAAUCCAAAAGUCUUCUUCAAGAACCUGGUGUGCCGUAUGUUGAAGAAUAUGUUUAAGGAACCAGCUAGAAUCCGUCCGGUGAAAAAUACACCAACUAAGAAGGUUCCUGAUAAAUCAUCCCGUACUACAACUACAGAAAAAUCAGCCUCCCAGCCGAGCGGCAGCUCCAUUUUCGAUUCGCUCAAACGAGUCCAUGGAGCACUUUCCCCUUCUUCAAAACAUCGCUCGACCCAAAAACAAGAUGUGAAAAAAUCCAAAACCAGCACUGAAAUCAAAACUGUAGAUAAGGAUAGAGAUAAGGACAAAAUCAAAGAUAGAGAUAAAAUCAAAAGCAAAGAGAAAGAGAAAGAUACCGGGGAAGGAAAAAGGACCUGGUUCAGGAGUCCGUCAAAAUCUAAUCUUCGGAAGGAACCCAUAAAGUCGUCCACGUCGUCGUUGAACGUCGGUGCGGGAGCUCAGAAAGUGACGUCUUCUGGUGUCGAUCCGAAGAAGAAACGGCCUGCCACUGGUGUUUUUUCUGAUGCUAAUGUGACGUUUAGAAAAGGACAAAAUACGAAAAUAGAUGGUCAGACCAUAGGCGACAAUCUGUCCAGGGCUUCUUCAGUGACCAAUCUAGAUGCGGAGCCAAAGGUUGCGAAAGGUGCCAAGCCGAGGAAGAGUUCGUCGAGAGAUCGAAUAGACAAGAUUGGAGAAAGCAGGAAAAAUGAUAAGAAAGGAAUUACCCGUAACAACAACCAACUAGAUUCUGGCGAGAAUCCUUACCAUUCAGUGGAUUCCCUUUCAGAAGAGGAGUUGUUACAUCUGAGAAAACAGCUGCAAGAGAUGGCUCAGGAGAAGACCAAUUUGGCUCUUCAAUUGGGCGAGCAGAAGGGCCAGCUGAAUAUUUUACAAAAGGAAAUACAGAAGUUAAAGUCUUUUAAGGAGGAGUCUAAUAUUCAACUGGAACAUUUGACAGAAGAGAACACAGCUCUUAGGAACAGGUUAAGAGAUGUCGCUCAUUCUCCGUUGUCUGAUAACGAAAAGCAACAGCUAUUAUUCGAUUCCCACAGGCACCAUAGUUCUGCUCCAGCUUCUAUAGCAACGAACAUAAUCGAUGAUAACAAUGGUGCCGACACGACUUGUACCACUCCCGAUUGGGACAAGCAUUCUUCAAGCAACGUCAGCGAAGUUUCUGUUGCGUGCCUUCAGGACAAAAUAAAUCAAAUGCAAGAAACACAUUACAGUACGAACGAAGAACUUCAAGCGACACUUCAAGAGCUAACAGAUCUUCAACGGCAGCUCACAGAACUGCAACAAGAGAACGAACGUCUUAACGAAGAAAAGACACUUAUGUUUGACAGUCUAUGUCGUCAAACAGAAAGAUUAAACGAUUCGCGGUCAGAGGUUGAAUCUCUGAAACAACUUUUAUAUCAAGAAAAAGACGAUACUGGACAAUUUGAAACAGCAGUAGAACGGGAGCAAAAGUUGGUGGAUCUGCUAAAGUCAGCCCAAGAGGAGAGAGAGGGGUUGCUGGUAAAAUUAGAGCAAUUAAAUAAUGAACUCCAAGAAGCUAGAUCGGGUAUUAUAGACAAAGACGAACAAAUCGGCCAACUACGAGAUAGGGUAAGAACUUUAGAGUGCACCUUGGACGCUAAGCAUGCCGAGCACAAACUGUUGGAUCAGGAACUGGCUCAAGCUAAGGAUCAAUGUAGCGGGAAGCAAAUCGAAAUUAAUAGACUGACUGAUUUACUCGAUAACGCGAGAACAAAGAUCAAUGAAUUGGAACAAGACAGAGCCCUCAGUGAUAAAUCGGAACUGGACGAACUACUUGAUAAUGCCAGAAAGGAAAAAGAUACCUUAGAGUCUGAAGUUGCUCAUUUAAAGGAGCAACUAGCUAUAAGCAAGAACGAAAUAGAGAAAUUAAGAGAGCAAGUGUCGAUUUUGCAAGAAGAGUGCAAGGUCACUCGAAAUAACGCAAAAACCACACAGUCUGAUUUGGAGUACAAAUGCGAGAAGUUGGUGAAGGAGAAGAAUGGGUUAAAUGAGCAACUACAAGAAUUUCAAGAGGCUUUGAACGAAGUGCAGGUUCAAAGCCAGUGCCAGCUUGAGGAUAAGAGGCAACUUUCAGCUGUAUUGUCUGAGACUCAGAGAAAUCUCAGCGAAGCGGAGAGGAAGAAUAUUAUAUUGGAAAGCGAAGUGGACGAACUGAAAAAACAAAGAGCUGAAGAGAAUGAAGAGUGGGAGAAAUUCCAAGAUGACCUUCUGACUUCAGUUAGAGUUGCCAAUGAUUUCAAAACUGAAGCCCAACAGGAGUUGCAGCGCAUGAUCCUGGAAAAUAAACAAUACAGAGACAGAGAAAGACAACUUAAAGCUGAAAUAGACAAACUAAAGGGUGGAACGUUAGAUUCGACCGACAAAGAGAACUUAGAAAUGGACCUGCUUGUAAAGCGGCCUAAUAGGCGCGGUCGAGAACGGCCCAGGCAGAAUUCUGGAAAUGCUUCUUCCAGUUCAAAGUCAGAUAAAACAACGCCUCCACCGUCCCAAGCUAAUACUGUUAGAAGAAGAGAAAACAGAUCGUUGAAGGCGAAGCGAUUAAAGACUCUAUCGGUGGAAGAAGAAAUGUUGCUGAAAUCACUCAACAGUUACCAUGCCGAUAUAGACAAAACCAUACCAGAUGAGUUUCUCACAGAGGAACAGAAAGUCAUCAGAAAACUAAAAAUAAUAUACGAAGAUGACUACUUAAAAGUUAAACCGGUGGCUCCGAAGCCAAAGAACCAGCUAGCGAUCAGUAAACCACUACUUGAUUCAGUUCUGACUAAUCCCAAACUAAUGGCAAUCUUGAAAAAUCCAAAAGUAAAGACCAUAGAAGACAUGGCGUCGUUUGAGAAGGAAGCCCCAGAAAUCAGAAAUAUUAUCAGAGACAUAGAUAGAGCCGCGAGAGGAAAGAGCGAAGAGUUUACCAGAUCAGAAAAAAGAAUUUCUCUUGUUGGUAGGAGUAUGAGUAUGGAUCAAGUACAUGAGAUGGAAAACCUUAACAAAAACUUAAGAUUGUAUAGGACAGUGGAAACUGAAGAUCUAACAGAAGAAAAUAGUCCUACUAUUGAACACCGAGUAUCAAGCUUAGUACCGAGCGAUUCAGUUUCAAACUUCAACAAAAGAUACUCAGAUUUUUCUCUUGUAGUCAAAGAGACCAUACCAGAAAACAUCUUCAAUCAAAACGUGAAGUACUCCACUUUAGAAAGAAUUGUCAAGACGAUUCCUAAAAAUGUACCAGAAAGUAAAUUGAGCCACGAACAAAGAUUUGCUGUAAAAUUAUUGGCUGCGUUAGAAGAAAGAAAGAACACUCUGAAAAAGAACGAUAAAGCAAAGAGUCUACCUAUCAGUAAACCAACAGAAGAAUCCGUGCUUAGGAACCCUAAGUUGAAGGAGAUUAUUUAUGAUCCAGAUAUAAAGGAAGUGAGAAGAAAGUCAGAAAGUUAUGCUUUUACUCCAAUAGUAGAAGAGACUCUACGUCCAUAUAAAAGCUAUGACAAUAUUAUGUUUACAUUUGACGAAAAACGACGAAGAGUGAACAUGUAUAAUACUCCCAGCGAAACAUCGUCUGAUACGUUUUCUAGUGCUGAAUUCAAUGUUGAUGCCAGUGAAGUAGGGCCGUACGAAUCCUUUUCUGGACCUUGGCGACCACCUCCCCCUACACCAAAACCUCCAAGAAAUGUAGAAUUUAUCACUUUCUCUAAGCAAUCAUCUGUAGAGCAGAAAGAAACUGCUAGUCCUCGUCCAAACAGUGUUGAAGUGCUUGUUACUAUACAUAAAGUAUCUUCAGAUAAUGAAAUGAAUAAACCUGGUGCUACAAAAAUGACUGAAGUGGAGAUGGACAAACGUAAAACCAAGGAAAGAUCACCAGACUUGGAUUCAUUGGUAUAUAAUGACACCAUCAAAAAGAAUCCAAAAGAAAUCAAAAAAGAUGUAAAGUAUGUAGUGAAAGUAUCUUCAGACAAAGAAAUAAAUAAACCUGAUUUUACAAAGAUGGCUGAGUUGGAGGUAAACAAACGUAAGACCAAGGAAAGAUCACCAGACUUGGAUUCGUUAGUAUAUAAUGACACUAUCAAAAAGAAACCAAAAGAUAUCAAGGCAGAAGAGCUAAAAGUCGAUCUGCUUCAAGAUAAAAUUAAGAAAUUAACCAAUCGCGAAAAAUUAGAACAAACUAGCAAGAAAAAUAUGUUAGAAGCGGAAACUUCUACAGAUAAUUAUCAUGAAAUAGAUAAUAAUGUCAUUUACCCCCCACCUCUGCAUUUUGCUACAGUUGAAACUGUCGAUAUUGCUCCGAUUGAGAGUUAUAAUUCGCUAGAGUAUAAUGAUACCUUUAAAAGACCUAUCCAAAGAGGAAAAUCAUUUAGCGAAAAUGAAACUGAUCAAACAGCUGCAGUAACCGAUACAGAUGAAACAAUAAAGAACAUAACUGAAAAAUUCAAUACGAUCCAUAAAUUGAUUCAAGAAGAUAAACGUUUCAUGGAUAAAUCGAUAGAGAAAGAGCUAGGUAAAGACGACAUUGGCAACAUGGAAGAAAGUGUAGUGUUGAGAGACAAAUCUGAUGUGCAUAAAAAUACUGUAGAAUAUGUAACUGGACCGGAAGUUUCUAAUAGCACAGAAAUAGAACAAAUAUCUGACGACAUAUUAGAUGGAAGACCACCACAAUCCCCUUACGAUUAUCGUGACAUACUCAAAGAAAAUAGGUUCGGGGUUACUUCACCCCUGAACUAUCGGAUGAGCUAUAAAGAUGUUGUGAAAGAAAUUAAGAACAGAUUCUCUGUUAACGAACAGGAGUUUUCAAGUAAUAAAAAGAGCUCUGACGAAGCUGACCAUGGUUCCAGGCCGGUAUCUGAAGAGAUUCAAGUAAGGCGUAGUAAGAGUAGUAUAGACAAAGAAAUGGAGCACAUUUUUGAACACUAUCUGAAAACUAGAGUAUCUCAGAUAAUCAAACAGACGGAAAGUAAACCGCAAUCAGAUCCUGAACUUCAAGUGGAAGCGUCCAUGGUCACUUCAACGCCAAUUGAGAAGUCUGUCGAGGCAGAUUUAGAAGAGCCACAAACGUUGGAAAUAAAACGUAUUUCCCUACUUUCUAGAUCAUACAACUCAUCUGAAAAUAUAGCAAAUAGCGAAACUGAAGAUCAUUGUUCUUCAUCAUAUGGAUUACAAACACCAGAAGCUAACAAAAGCAAUGAAAGUGAAAUUUUUGACUAUUCUAAGCUGUCACCGAAGGAACUCACGUUCUCAGAUGAUUCUUAUUUUGAACUAAAAGAUGGUAGUGCAAAACGUAUCGUAGCAUUCGAAGAUUCAGUACAAACCAAAGAAUCUGUCGAGCGUGCUCAAGAUAGCGACACAAAAAAUAUUGCAAUCGAGGAAAAUGCUGCGCAAGUGGUCGUAGUAAGAGAUAACAAUACAGUACAACCAAUUGAAAUAUCAGAACAGAUUGCUAAAGCAGUUCAUGAUGAAACCAAAGAACCUGUCGAAUAUACACAAGAUAACAGCACAAACAAUAUUGCAAUAGAGGAAAAUGCUGCGCAAAUAGCCAUAGUAACGGAUAACGAUACAGUACAGGCAAUUAAAAUAUCAGAGCAGGUUGCUAAAGCAGUUCAUGAUGAAACCAAAGAACCUGCCGAAUGUAUUCAAGAUAACACCACAAAAGAUAUUGCAAUUGAGGAAAAUGCUGCGCAGAUAGCCAUAGUAACAGAUAACAAUACAGUUCAACCAAUUGAAAUAAUAGAACAGAUUACCAAAGCAGAUGAAAAUGACGGUUUGACUAAUGUAGGAACUGUAGAGGACCAAGAAAAAGUAACAAGUAAUCUAGAAGCUCAAACUGUAAAACAUACGGAACCGGAAAGAAAUAUUAGAGGCUCUUCAAGUAAUGCACUAAAUACAAACGUAUCAACCUCAUCUGUAUCAGAGGACAUAGUUGCUGAAGAUGAUAGUGUUGGGCAGUUUGCUGAAUUAGUGGAAAAUGUUCCAGAUAUUAUUAACAUCAUUCAAGAACAUCCUAGGAGACAGCAUGAUUCAUAUGAAGGUCAAAAAGAAUCUUUUGAUCCGCAAACAUGCGACACUACCCCCACAAACGAAGUUAUUGUAGAUGAUAUAGAUAAAAACAAAGAUAAAGCUUCAUCACCAAUAUACACCAUUACAGAUAUCAAGUAUAUCAAACCUUUGGUGGCUAACUUUAUAUUGAAUGAUGUUCAAACAGCAACUUUAUCUUUAGAAUCAAGUAAUACAAGUAGUGCAGAUAACCAACAUGGAGAAAUACGUGAAGAGAUCGAUAACAAAAUCUCACCCAUUCCAGACUUUAAGAUAACACCAGGAGAAGAUUUACCGCAUCCUCCAGAUCAAUUUGAGCUAACCGAUGAAGAACUCAACAUUAUACGUCGAGCUAAAAAGCAAGCGGUUUCCAGACCAGUAUCGGGGCUCAAUGAUCAAGAUUUGGAGCUGAUUCAGUCCUUGUCACUCACUUACUUAGGUAAUGAAUCAGUACAUACUUAUAAUAACGACGCUGAUAAUGAUCAGGUAACUACAGAAGUAGAUAAAGCUAAACAAAGUCCGGAAAUAGUUGAAGAUGACAACGAAUUAUUAAAGACAACAGAGGAUAAAGUUCAUCCGCUUAUUUCUGAUACCAGUCAUGAUGAUAAUAAAGUAAUAUACACUUUAUCUUCUGGAACUGUGACAGUUGAACCUGUCAUUCCCAAGAAUCUGCCAAAAGAAAGGUCUUCUGUUGAUGCAGAUCCUCAAGAGAACCUGGGUUCCAAAUCAAAUGCCAGCAGUUUAUUUGAAUAUGAUAAAACCAGUGUGCACAAGUCUAAAACAUUACCAAUAUUUAAGCCAGACGCAGCUGAUGACCUUGAAGCUUUCCUUGGUACCAUUAGCACAUCAAGAACCGGGCACGGUCCUAACGACCAGCUACGUAUAAAGCCAGACUCAAGUAAUCAACUCAAGAAGGAUAAAAUCGUUCCAAGAAAAUCAAAGGCUUUACCGACUAGUAAUCCCGAGGCCGCUGAUGAUCUUGAAGCUUUACUAGGUGCGAUCAGUACUUCAAGGGUUGUGAAAGGACAUAAGGAAAAGACACCGCUGAAGCCAGGUUUAAGGACUCGGCAUUUGUCACCAAGUAAGGAAGAUAAACUCAGUCCAAGUAAACCAGAAGCUUUUCCAGUAACUAAGACAAAUGCAGCCGAUGAUCUUGAAGCGUUACUAGGUACUAUUAGCAUUUCAAGGAAUAAAGCACCAAAGAAAACGUUGGAUAAGACUGGUACAAAUAAAGCUUCAUUAGAAAAUAUAGACGAAACUGUAAAAAUGGAUAUUCCUUCGUCCGAUAAAAAGGUUCCCACUCAGGUUGCUGCCACUAAAAUGAUUGAUAGCCUAAAUGAAGUUAACGAUACAGUUAAAGAUAAAACAGAUCUUGGAAAACAUCGAAUAAUUGUUGAUGGCUCUACCGAUAGCGGUACUAAUAGGGUGAAGUUAGAGUUGAUUAAUACUGAGGCUACUAAAAACCCUCUAGAUUUUGACAAGCCUCAAAUAGUUACUGUUCAAGUGGACCAAGAUGUUAAUAUUGAAAAUGCGAAUACAUGUGCUGGGAUCCAGGCAAAUCAAGAAAUGGAUCAAAAUAUACAACCAAUUUCACAAAAGGUGGUACCAGGUGGCGACGGAGAAACAUACAAUGAUGAAGUGAAAUAUUUGUCAGAAACCUCUGGUGUAUUAGAGCCAAAUCAAUUCAAAAAUGUAAUAACUGAAUCGGGUACUAUAAAAAAGAGAACAGAGAGACAUACCAUUUUAUUAAGAAAUCAACAUCUCGACAGAAAAGAAGUGAAAAGUUUAAGUUUGGAAAAAGACGGAGAUAUUUCUAGCAACAAUGUUUCACAAAGAGUAAGAUCGAGGCCAAAAUCAGAUAAUCUAACCGACAAACGCGUCAAAUCAUUCGCACAGCACUUUGAGCGUCUAUCAAAAGAAAGACCAAAGAAAGAACCGAUUUAUGCCAACAUAAACGUUUUAAAAAAUCAACGUUUUAUGAUGUCACGACACGCUGAGUCCAUUGAGAAGAAGCCUUUACCUGUCCCUCGCUCUAGAAAUCAUGGCAGCAAAGAUUUUGACAGUUUGGGUGACAGACGUUCAACUGACAGUCAUGAAGUGAUGAAAAAUAUGUCGGAGCAUAAAAAUUUUAGUGAAACCAAAAAUCCAUUUGUCGAGGAGGAAGUUGCUAGUUCUUUGGCGACUGUUUUAAAAGUCAAAGGUCUUCCCAUUACUACCCAGGUUUCUUCUGAAAGUAGCACACAAGAAAAACAAGAAUCUCAAAGUCAUGUUGUAACAGUUUCUGCGAAAGAUGAAGAUAAUACAGAGCCUGCAGAAGUUACAAAAGUUGAAACGGAGAAUCAGGAGGAGACUACAGAAAAGCCGCAGCUGUUAAGUUCUGUGGAGAAGGCACAGCUGUGGAGUUCUAUGGAGAAGCCUCAGGAUCAACGGGAAGAUAGCGGUGAAGCCUCAUCGUCAUAUUCUGUAAUAGCGGUAACCAGUACACCAGAAAAAUUGGAUCUUAGAAUACCAUCCGAAACUCAAAUGCAUCCGAUCCAUGAAUCAGACGCUUCAACCCUAAACCUCUUCAAUUUGGAAGGUAUAGACUCUGCCAGCAUUGACGGCACCGAUGUUGGUCUUUACAGAUCCACCACACAGGAAAUGAACAAGAAAAUCGGAUACGAUGUAACUUACUUAGGAGAACUAAGCGACACGGAUAGCUAUGAAGAUCCCAAAUUCUUGCUGAAAGGAGAUUCUCAAUCUAAGCCAAAAAUCAUAGAUUUCGUUCCUCUGGAUUACGCAACCAAGAGCAUGUUUCCGAACAGUAGUAAUAUUCCCGAAUAUCAGACUUUGGAACGAGAGAAGGUUUAUCACGUGUUAAAUUCUGCUCCUAAAUCCACAGUUAGCAAAGCAGACAUUAAACAAGUAGAUGAUGUAGACGAUAAACCCAAAAAUACAAACCCCUUCGUAGAACCUGAACCAAAUAAAUCUCCUGAGGGCGCGACUAAAUUAGAAGGUUCUAUUGGUCAAGAAAGAAGUAAAUCUGCAACUGAUCUGAACGCUCUUCCAGCUAAAAGUCAAACUAAAAUUGAUAUCCAAAAACGUAACAUUCCUCUCGGUAGUACAAGCAGAUCAAGAAGUAAAAUUGAUCUCCCGAAAGAAAUCAGAAACAGCACAUUCUCAGCUGCUAAGAAGAUUUUCCAAGAGCUAGAAGCAAAAAAUUCGCCCAAGCAUUCCUCGAAAGACUCUGAAACUAUGAGGUCCAGUGUUAACGUUCCAUAUUUAGAAAAGUCUGAAGUAUCCUCUAGCGUCCAUUCCAGUAAUAAAGAUGAACUAUCACCAGAAGAAAUUAACGAAGAGAUAUAGUAUACAGAUUAUUUUUCACUGUAUGUGUGAAGCUUAUUGAUAUUUUUUGUACAGUUUUGCAUUAAAAUAUAUUUUAUAGUUUAAUAACAAAAUUAUAUUACAGUUCCUUCAAGGAA